GCCACCUCCAACGCCCGGGCCCGCGGCCCCCAGCAGAGCAGCCAGCCAGGCCUGUCUACCAUCACAGGAAGAUCUCUGCCCCCUGGGGCUGAGAGACCCAAACCUCUCCUCAAGCUGAAGCUGCAGGGUAUUGAGGUACCAGCCAGAUGUCUUCCCACAAAGGGCCUGCGGUGGCACAGGGCAAUGGGGCUCCUUCUGGUAACAGAGAAACUGACACGGUGGAACUGGCUGAACUGGGACCCCUGCUGGAGGAGAAGGGCAAGCGGGCAACCACGAGCCCAGCAAAGGCUGAAGAAGAACAGACAUGCCCAGUGCCUCAGGAAGAGGAGGAGGAGGUGCGGGUACUAAUGCUUCCUCUGCAAGCCCACCAUACCAUGGAGAAGAUGGAGGAGUUCGUAUAUAAGGUCUGGGAGGGGCGCUGGAGAGUCAUCCCAUAUGAUGUGCUUCCCGACUGGCUGAAAGACAAUGACACUUACCUGUUACACGGCCACAGACCACCUAUGCCCUCCUUUUGGGCUUGCUUCAAGAGCAUCUUCCGCAUCCACACAGAAACUGGCAACAUCUGGACCCAUCUGCUUGGUUUCGUGCUGUUCCUCUUUUUGGGAAUCUUGACCAUGCUCAGACCAAAUAUGUACUUCAUGGCUCCCCUGCAGGAGAAGGUGGUGUUUGGGAUGUUCUUCCUCGGCGCAGUGCUCUGCCUCAGCUUCUCCUGGCUCUUCCACACCGUCUAUUGUCACUCAGAGAAAGUCUCACGGACUUUUUCUAAACUGGACUAUUCAGGGAUUGCUCUGCUGAUCAUGGGGAGCUUUGUCCCCUGGCUCUAUUACACCUUCUACUGCUCCCCACAGCCACGGCUCAUCUACCUCUCCAUCGUCUGUGUCCUGGGCAUUUCCGCCAUCAUUGUGGCACAGUGGGAUCGGUUUGCCACUCCUAAGCACCGGCAGACAAGAGCAGGCGUGUUCCUGGGACUUGGCUUGAGUGGUGUUGUACCCACCAUGCACUUUACAAUCGCUGAGGGCUUUGUCAAGGCCACCACUGUGGGCCAGAUGGGCUGGUUCUUCCUCAUGGCUGUGAUGUACAUCACCGGAGCUGGCCUGUAUGCUGCUCGGAUUCCUGAGCGCUUCUUUCCUGGAAAAUUUGACAUAUGGUUCCAGUCUCAUCAGAUUUUCCACGUCCUGGUGGUGGCAGCGGCUUUCGUCCACUUCUAUGGGGUCCCCAACCUUCAGGAAUUCCGUUACGGCCUGGAAGGUGGCUGUACUGACGACUCCCUUCUCUGAGCCUUCCCACUGAGGGUGGAGCAGGAACUUCCCAAGUGCGUUUAAAAAUAACUUCUUUGCUGAAGUAAGAGGGAGAAUCUGAGUUGUCUGUUUCUAGAAGAAACCUUAGAGAAGUGAGUACCAGUCAGCUUCAGCUCACUGUCACAGCCACCGGGCAAUAAACCUCCCCUUCCCAUCCCCUGGCUGGGAGCCACCUCCUCAGCAGCCACCUCAGCAAGGACUGCUAGUCCUUCAAAGAUAGGACUAUGAAGCUCAUGUUGAGAUUUCACCCAUUCCUCCAGUCAUUUUGGG